AUGUCACCAAUCGCAACCCAUAGCACUGACGGAGAUGCUUCACACGGCAAGGAGCUCAGAAAAGAGCCCCACGUCCCAGCGAAAACUUCCAGUGCUGAGACCGAGAAGCUAGCCAUCAAUACUAUUAGAUGUUUGAGUGCCGAUUUAUGUCAACAGUACAAAGGAGGACACCCUGGAACAGUGAUGGGUGCAGCUGCAAUCGCCACAGCUCUGUGGAAAUACAGCAUGAGAUACAAUCCAGCAAACCCCGACUGGGUCAACAGAGACCGAUUUGUGCUUUCAGCGGGACAUGCUUGUUUACUACAGUACAUUCUUCUCCACCUCUCUGGAUACUCAACCUGGACCCUCGAUCAAAUCAAGCAAUACCACGCACCUACCAUGGAUGGCAUCGCUGCAGGUCAUCCCGAAAUCGAAUUCCCUGGUGUUGAGUUGACAACCGGUCUCUUAGGUCAAGGUAUCGCCAAUGCUGUCGGAUUGGCCAUAGCCAACAAAAAUGUGGCUGCUACGUAUAACAAAGAUGGUUACCCCAUAAUAGAUAAUAAAGUGUGGUGUUUCACUGGAGACGGUUGUUUACAAGAGGGUAUUGGUCAAGAGGCUAUAUCCAUGGCUGGUCAUUGGGGACUUGACAAUAUGAUUCUUGUGUACGACAACAACUCGGUCACUGUCGACGGAAAAAUCGACAUCUGCUUCACUGAUGACACAUCUGCGAAGCUGAGAUCAAUGGGAUGGCAUGUACUGGAGGUGGACGACGGGUCAAACGAUCUCUCUGCUAUCGUAGAAGCCUUCGAGCAAGCAAAAGCCUUCACAGGUAAACCUGUUUUUAUCAAUAUCAAAACUGUCAUUGGUAUUGGAUCCGCGAAUCAAGGUAGUGGAAAGGUUCAUGGAGCUGCUCUUGGGGAAGACGAUGUUGCGAGAGUCAAGACAGCACUUGGUUUUGAUCCUAAAGAGAAGUUUGUCGUGCCUGAGAAAGUGUAUGAGUACUUCAGCGAGACCAAGACUCGAGGAGCCAAAGAUGAAGAUGAUUGGAAUGACCUUUACAAGAGAUAUGAGCAAGCAUAUCCUGAAGAAUCGGCGGAUCUCAAUCGUCGAUUGGCUGGUCAGCUCGCAGAGGGAUGGGAAUCUAAUCUCCCUCCAAAGGAAUCGCUUCCCUCUGAUCCUAAGGCUACGAGACAGACCAGUGGUAUCAUGCUCAGAUCUAUCAUCCCGGAGGAUAAGUCAUUUUUGGUAGGAAGUGCGGAUUUAUGCGAGUCCACGUUUGUCAACUGGAAUGGUAUGGUCGAGUUCCAAAACCCCAAAUCAGGAUACGGCGAUUAUUCCGGUCGACAGGUCCGAUACGGUAUCAGAGAACAUGCGAUGGUAGGAGUGGCCAAUGGUGUUGCUGCAUGGCAUAAAGGAGCGAUCGUCCCUAUCAUGUCGAGUUACUUCAUUUUCUGGCUGUAUGCCGCUCCAUCGCUCCGUAUGGCUGCCUUAAUGAAACUUCGAUUCAUCGCAAUCGCGACUCACGACUCCAUUGGUGUCGGUGAAGAUGGUCCUACGCAUCAACCCGUAGCGUUCCCGCUCUUCUUGCGAGCACUCCCCAAUUUCAAUUACGUGCGACCUGCCGAUGCGGAAGAAGUAGCCGGAGCUUGGAUCUUAGCGUUAAAGGACGAUGAUCGGCCAAGUCUGUUCUCCCUAACUAGACAACCGGUACCUCUUUUAUCGGGAACCGAUCGUAACAAAGUGCAAUUUGGAGCGUAUAUCGUUCACGGUGACGAGAAGGAGACACCCGACAUUACACUGGUGGCUACAGGGUCUGAAGUGAGCCGUGCCAUCGACACAGCAAAGAUACUCAAGGACUACAAAGUCAGGGUAGUCUCCAUGCCACAUAUGGGACGAUUUGAUCAACAAUCUGUCGAAUACCGAAGAUCGACCAUUCCGUCUAACAAAUCCCUCGUUGUUGCCAUUGAGCCAUAUUGCUCGUUUGGUUGGGCUAAAUAUGCACACGCUGGAGCUCACAUGACAGGAUUCGGUCACUCUGCUCCAUAUUCUACAUUAUUCGAACAUUUCGGUUUUGGCCCACAGAAUCUUGCGUCGAAGAUCACUGCUUGGGCUGAAACAAGGAAAGGAUCGAACGGAUGGGAUCUUCCUGGUGUCGGUGAGUUUGAAGAGCUUUUGUUGAGCAAAGGGCAUUAG